AUGGCGGCGAAAGCGAGCAGCGCAGCCGCCUCCGGCGCGGCCUACGAGGAGCAGCGCAGGAAGCGGGUCCUCGAGAACCUCAAGCACCUGGAGGAUUUGGGUAUAAAGGAGAUGUCGAAGAGCCUGCUCCAGGCGGCGCGCCUGCAGAAACAGAACAAGGCCGGCGUGCGCGCGAGCCCCAAGGCCAGGAAGAAGUUCGACGCCACCGAGGUGCGGCGUUCUUCGAGGGCGAAGACCACGGUUUCCUACAAGGACGAUUUUGGUGAACUGGAUACUUUUCUGCGUGGCACAAGGCGCAGUGGUGGUAGGAAUACAGAGCAUGGAAGAGAAUACACAGGAAGAAUUUCUUCGUAUCAACAGCAACAACGUGCUUUCAGAAAAGCUGAGAAACUUCAAGACAGUCUAGACCCUAAUAACCCAUCUUUUGUUAAGACCAUGGUUCGAUCACAUGUGUCCAGCUGCUUUUGGCUUGGUCUUCCUACAAGCUUCUGCAAAGAUAAUCUGCCUUCCAAAGAGUUUAGGAUGGUGUUGGAGGACGAAGAGGGUGUUGAAUUUGAUGCUGUCUAUAUUGGAAACCGAACAGGUCUAAGUGGUGGAUGGAGGGGCUUUGCAAUGCACCACAACCUGGAGGAAGGGGAUUCAUUGGUCUUUGAAUUGGCUGAGCAUGACAGAUUUAAGAUUUAUAUAAUAAAAGCUAUCGAUGAUGAUGUGAAAGAGGCUGAGCCUGAUGACAAGAAUGCCAGUGGGGGUACCAAGGAAGAGCCUGACCAGGAAGAAUCACCUGUUGCUGAGCCUCCAAAAGGUGCCAAAAGGAGAAAACUCCGAGGACGGCGGUAG